GUACGAAAUCACAUCCAUAUGGCCACAAACGUUAGUUCAACGCCUCUACCAAAGCGAUUGCUCGACAUCGAGGCCGGCCACAAAGUUCGACUUUGUUUGAACAACGAAAAUGAACAUGGGGUUUAUCUUUGUCUUAGUCAUCAUUGGGGUGGUGUAGUACCACUGCAGUUGACAUCAUCUAUGAUUGGAUCUUUUAAAGAAGCAGUGCCAUGGGCAGACGUCCCGCUUAAUCCCCAUGAAGCAAUCGAUACUGCAGUAAGACUUGGGCAUCAUUUCAUUUGCAUUUUUAGUCUUUGCAUACUUCAGGAUAAUCUUAACGCUUGG